UCUCUCUCUCUCUCUCUCUCUCUCUCCACCGCUCUCCGACCCCCUUGAAUUAGGGUUUCGCGGAGACGAACCCCUCACCGCCCCACCCACCCUUGCGAAAACCCUAGCGGAUCCCUCGAUCGGGAACGAUGAAGCUCACCGUGAAGACCCUCAAGGGCACCCACUUCGAAAUUCGGGUGCAUCCCACUGAUACCAUAAUGGGUGUGAAGAAAAUUAUCGAAGAGGUACAAGGGAAAGAUAGUUAUCCAUGGGGUCAGCAGCUGUUGAUUCAUAAUGGAAAAGUUUUAAAAGACGAAAGUACUCUGGAAGAGAACAAAGUUAGCGAGGAUGGUUUUCUUGUUGUCAUGCUAAGUAAGAGCAAAACUUCAGGUGCUGGUGGGUCUUCAUCUGCCCAGCCUUCAGCAACUCCUGCUGUGAAACAACCUGCUCCUGCAGAGGCUCCACCACAGGCUCCGGCGUUGUCGACUGUUGCAACCGGAUCUGAAAGACCAAAUUUGGAUGUUUCUGCUGAUGCAUAUGGGCAAGCUGCAUCUAAUCUAGUUGCUGGAAGUAAUAUCGAACAGACGAUUAACCAGUUGAUGGAGAUGGGUGGUGGUAAUUGGGAUAGAGAUACGGUUCUACGAGCACUUCGGGCUGCUUAUAAUAAUCCAGAGCGUGCUGUGGAAUAUUUAUAUUCUGGUAUCCCAGCAUCAGCAGACAUCGCUGUUCCAGCUGCUGCUUUCCCAUCAUCUGAGGCUACUGGUCAAGGGACCAAUACAACUGAAACUGCUUCUACCGGGGCGGCACCCCUCUCUGGAGUGCCCAAUUCCUCUCCUUUGAAUAUGUUUCCUCAGGGGAACCCAAAUGCCGGUGUCGGUGCUGGAGGUGGAUCUCUUGAUUUUCUUAGAACUAACCAGCAGUUUCUCGCCUUGCGAGCAAUGGUCCAAGCAAACCCACAAAUAUUACAGCCAAUGCUCCAAGAGUUGAGCAAGCAAAAUCCUCAACUAUUGAGACUGAUUCAGGAGCAUCAUGCUGAAUUUCUUCAGCUGAUAAAUGAACCUAUUGAAGGUGUUGAAGGGGAUCUUUUUGAUCAGCCCGAUCAGGAUGAUAUGCCCCAUUCAAUUAGCGUGACCCCCGAAGAGCAAGAGGCUAUUGGACGACUCGAAGCAAUGGGGUUUGACCGUGAGCGUGUGAUUGAGGCAUUCUUAGCCUGUGACAGGAAUGAGCAGUUGGCAGCAAAUUAUCUUUUGGAGCAUGCUGGUGAUGAGGAUUAGAUGAUAUACAACAUAUUUUAUUUAGCAGCAAGGAAUAGCCUUGGACCUUCUCGUACUUAUUGAAGAUUUGCUCAAGUAAUUGAAGACACUUUGGGGCAAAUGGUUUAAUGGAGAUCAGAUGGUGUUACAGUUAACUUCUUACUGAGGGUUUCCGAGUUUCGACCCAGUUAUUUGUUAUCUGAAUAUACUGUCUUUGAGAAAGCCUUAACUGGAUACCGGGCCUUGGGCAAAUAAUUGUUCACAAACUAUUCUUUUGAAACUUCUUUAACUUUGUUGUCACAAACUACUGAACAGGUUGUUUUUAGUGCAUUAACUUUGGCCUCUAAGGUAAAGCUAAAGCAGGGUAUAUUUUCUGCUGGCGAGCAACUGUGGCCUUUGAUAUUAAUUAAACCAUUUAGUCUGUUUAUUUUUAAA